AUGCCCGACGUUGAGAAAUAUGCAGCUGCCGCAGCCGUCAACCGUCUCAGCAACUUCUUUUCUGCCUCCACUCCCCACAAAGAUGGCGGCGGAAAGAUGGAGGACUUUGAGCUGGCUUCUCACCCUCACCAUUCGCCUCCCCAUCGACCUGCCCCUGCCCACCACAAAAUUCUAACGGACCCAGACGAUUCGGUGGACGCCUACGAACUUCAGCACCCUUCGUCGUCGUCGCGCAAGCUUCAUACUCGGCCGAGCAGGAUGUCGAUCGCCUCGAGCUUCACGGACGUGCAUGCCCCCUCUAUGGCGAGCAGCCACACGUUGCAUAAUAACGAGUUUUAUGGUAGUGCGGAGAAUGGUGGUGGGAGGUGGUGGUUGAAGCCGACGCUGGCGGUGUGUGGAGCGUCGUUGGCGCUGUUCUGCACAUUUGGGCAGAUGAAUUCGUUUGGGACGUAUCAUUCGUGGUAUUCGAGGCAUCAGCUUGAGCAUUUGUCCCCGUCCAAGAUUUCGUGGAUUGGGUCGUUGCAACUUUGGGUGUUUUUCUUUUCGGGUGGUUUCAUCGGACGCGUGUUCGACUCGUAUGGACCUAGAUAUUUGAUGCUCCUGGGGUCAGUGCUGUACGCAGCAAGCGUAAUUGCGACUAGCGUUUCAACGCAGUACUACGAGUUCAUGCUCUCCCAAGGGCUGCUGUUCGGCCUCGCGGUGGGACUGCUCUUUUAUCCAUCCCUUGCAAGCGUGUCUACGCAUUUCCUGAAAUACCGGGCUACAGCGCUGGGUAUCGCGGCUGCUGGAUCGAGUUUCGGUCUCUUCGCACCGUUCUUCUUCAUUGUGGAAUACGCCCGACACCUCUCCAUUCCCAACACAACAGCCUUCUACGUUCUAGCAGUCAUGAACGCCGGCGGGGUCUUUGGACGAAUCGCCCCUGCAUACCUCUCCGACCGUGUCGGGCGCUUCAACCUCCUCUUCCCCUCUGCCCUGUUCUCGGGCUUGUCGUGCCUUGUAGGAUGGUUUUGGACGAAGGAUUUAGUUGGUGUUAUGGUUUUUGCUGCUGUUUAUGGGUUUUGGUCGGGGAGUUUUAUUAGUUUGAUUACACCUUGUGUGGCGCAGAUUUCGAACCUUGGGGAGAUUGGAACGAGGAUUGGGAUGUUGUAUACUAUUAUUUCUGUGCCGUGA